AUGAACUCGAGGCCGAUUCUUUCCUCAAUACAUCCAAUUGAAGCAAAGGCAGGUGAGUGUUAUACUCGAAAGGUUUUUGAGAUUUUCAAAAAAGAAUGGAUAGAAGCUACUAGCAAUUUAAUGCAUGAGACUCUAAGCAAAAGGACAGAAGAAAUCAAGUAUCGAGUUGGGCAACUGGACGUUGACAAAAAAUAUUGGCGGAUUGUUAGCUUUUGUUUGUUAAACAAGAUGCACGUCACAUGUUCUUGUGCUAAGUAUGAGACAUGUGGGAUUUUAUGCAAACAUAGCCUAUAUGUGAUGAAGAAGAAGCAUGUUGACACACUUCCGAGUCACUACAUUUUACCUCGGUGGACCCUUAAUGCCAGGUAUAAGGUGGGUAAACGUAGCAUCAGACUCGGAGAAAUGAAUAACGAAAAUGGAGUUAGUGCUUACACGUUAUGGUGUGUCCGUUCAAAUUUUAAUAAAUUAAUCGAACAAGCAAAAGACUCCCCUUCAGAAAUAGAAAACGUCAAUAACAUAUUGAUAAAGCUCUUACAAUACCAAGCAAUCCGGAAAAAACCUAUACCGGAUGAGAACGUAUCUCAAGGUUCUUGUGUGAGAAUUUCACAAGUUGAUAUGAUGCCUCAAUUAUCUGUACGAGAUCCCCUUGGUCCAACUAACACAAAAGGGCGUCCUAAAAUUUCUAUUAGAAUCAAUUCUUCUUUAGAAGUGCCAAAAAAACGAACAUGUUCUUACUGUCAAGGAUUGGGUCAUUAUGCUACUAGUUGUUCUAAAAGAAAGGUGGAUGAAGCGUUGCAAGAGAAAAAAUGA